AUGGAAAAAAUAGUCUGGCAUGCAAGGCCAUGGCUCAAGUCCUUCAUCGAGAGUCGAACAGGACGAGCAUCAAGGACGGGCACGAGGAAGAUUUUCUUCGAGGGCGGAAAUGUUGCUGGCGUUGGUGAGGAGGGGACGACAACGGAGCGGGUAUGGUUUCAAAAUCGAAGAGCUAAGUGGCGCAGGCAGGAAAAAAUGGAUGCUGCGAAACUUGGACUCAGCGAAUAUCGUCAUGCGGCCAGCAUGAGGAACGUGGCGAUCCCGGCCCUGGGCCUGCCCGGGGACCCCUGGCUCCACCCUACGGGGCUGCUCAACGCCUUGCCGGGAUUCUUGCCGGGGCCGCACGCGGGCUACGCGAGCUACUUGACGUCCCCCAGGCGAUUGCCCUCGCCGCCCACCGUCGCCGCCGUCGGCAACUCCCUCUCCGGCGCACUGAGCGGAGGCAUGGCGAGCAUAGCCAGUGGGGGUCACGGCGUCCAACCACCGGCGAGUCCCCCGGGCGUUCAGGAUCCGCGCACCUCGAGCAUCCAGGCCUUGCGGAUGCGCGCCAAGGAGCACGUCGAGAGCCUGAGCAAGGGCCUACAGCAAGUGGUGCGGGCGAGCUCGACGCAGCCCGGCCGCGACGAGACCUUUGUCUCGGUCUCGUGAACCCCGGAGCCCGGGUGCCGUCUUCUCGCCCUCGCGCGAGACCUCCUCGGCCUGCAAGCCCAGGCACCGACGGCCGACCGGCUCGAGUUCCCCUCGGGCCAGCUCUGUCUACAACGGGGGACGGCCUCUCUCUGCUGAUGACCGGCACCCAGAGAACACGACGUUGACUUUUGCCGACGCUGACGCAUCGCUUCGUCCGGUUUUUAAGUAUUUGUUGCCUACUCUUUCAAGAUUCCCGCCGCCGGGCUCGGGAGGCAGGCCCACCCCUUCGCCCCCAUGCUCACGAAUAUAGAAGCCGUCGAUAAGUAGAUGGGAUAGCCACGCUAU